AGUCAGACACAAGCUGUUUAACAGUGCAGUCUCUCUCUCUCUCCUUCUCUCACACAUCUCUUUUACUCGCUCUCUCUCUCUCUGUCCUCUCCCGUCUCUGGAGCAGACAGUCAGUGGAGCAUCGGCACGGCAUCAGAGCGGCACAGGACUGACGGAGGAGGACGAAGUCGACAAAUGCUGACAGAAAACAAUUAAGAACAUUUACGGCAGAACAUCAAUUGUAAUACAGUUCAAAGCAGAGCAGAAGCAACAGAUUGCCCUCACUUGUAAUUGCUGCUACAACUGAUGUUCUGGGCGUGGAAAUGAAGCAGACUGGGAACAGCUCCUGGCAUCUCGUGGUCAGUUUCUCUGUCUGAAAGAAAUGCUUUCGCUCUGUACAAAGAGGAAGGAAUUAACAGUGCUGAGCGACAGGAACCAAAAGCUUUGAUUCAGUCGUAAAGCAACACGUUGCUGGGCGUCAGCAUCACCUCCACCAUCAGUAUCUCCUCACAUCCACAUCUUCCUUUCUACACCGGGAUCUAAAGAAGAAAUUCGAGCUUUGAAUGCACAAACAGGAGGAUGUUAGCCUGGCAUGCAGAGUGCAGAGUUUAGGGAGUUUUGCUGUGAAUCAAGGAGCAAGAUCUCAUUUUAACGGUGCAGGUGAGAUCCGGUGCCGUCAGUAGGUCCACCUGACUCUCAUUUUGACUUCUGACGACAUGAGAGACAUGAAAAGGACAAUGCACAUGAGGAUCAACAAACCAGAAGCCAAUAACUAGAGGAGAGAUGACAGGAAAAGAGAGACCUAACCUUCUUUGAAACUAUUUACCUGAUCAAAAGUGAGCAACCUUGAAGUAUAUCUUUCAAGUUUUCAGAUUUCUAUGAUGUUUUUGCACCAGGGGACAUUAAUUUCACGUACAGAGAAAGACGAACAGCAAAAACUUUCUUUCAUGUCAACUUGUGCCACCACUCAGUGCAAGUAACUUUCUGCACCGAUUCAAGUCGGUGUGAGCGCCUUGGGGCUCUCAUUUGACUGUUCUUUUUGGAGUGAAGUGGAUCUGCCGUGGGGGGCAGCUGACAACCAUCCAAGACGCCGCGAGCCGUACUCCGCGUGAAAAAUGCCCAGCCGCGCUUGGCCAAGCCGGCCGACCCGGGCCCGACGACGGGCCUCUACAUGGAGAGGUCGCAGAGCCGCAUCAGCCUGUCAGCGUCCUUUGAGGCCCUCGCUAUCUACUUCCCCUGUAUGAACUCCUUUGAUGAGGAUGAUGGAGUGGAUACAGAUGGCAGGAAGUUGAAGGGAGCUAUCCAGAGGAGCACAGAGACGGGGCUGGCUGUGGAGAUGCCCAGUCGAACUGUUCGCCAGGCUAGCCACGAGUCCAUAGAAGACAGCAUGAACAGCUAUGGCUCUGAAGGGAAUCUUAACUACAGUGGCAUGUGUCUGGCAUCCGAUGCUCAGUUCAGUGACUUCCUGGAUGGGAUGGGACCGGCCCAGUUUGUUGGGCGACAGACACUGGCGACAACAUCCAUGGGUGAUGUAGAGAUUGGACUGAUGGAGCGGAAUGGGGGACUGGAGGUGGAGGUCGUCCAGGCCAGAGGCCUCACCAUGAAACCAGGUUCAAAGGGACCUCCAGCGGCCUACAUUAAAGUUUAUCUUCUGGAGAAUGGAAUCUGUGUGGCCAAGAAGAAGACGAAGUCAGUGAGAAAAUCUCUGGAUCCUCUCUACAACCAGGUCCUGGUCUUCUCUGAGAGUCCACAGGGGAAAGUGGUCCAGGUUAUUGUUUGGGGCAACUAUGGACGGAUGGACCGCAAAUGCUUCAUGGGUGUAGCUCGAAUCCUACUGGAGGAGCUGGACCUCAGCACAAUGGUUAUCGGCUGGUACAAGCUUUUCCCUACCUCCUCCAUGGUGGAUCCAACAAUGGCACCACUCAUCCGCCAUUCAUCCCAGAUGUCAUUGGAGAGCACCAUUGGGCCCUGUUGUGAGCGAUCAUAAGACUCACGCAGAAAUGUAUAGUUUUGAUGUUGCGGCUAAGUUUCCAUUGCUUCAACCAAGUACAGAGAUUUUAUAAACCCUGCAUUGCUGCACCUGGGUCAGCCAGGCAGUGCUGUCCUUGGAGCAGGUAGAUGUUAAGUAUCUCACUCAAGGCCACUUUGACAGGCCCAGCUACACUGGGGAAUGAAUCACUUCCCUAAUUUGGAAAUUAAUUUACAAACCAGUUGGUCAUGCUGGUUCUCAUUGGAAAUGUGUUAUAAUUCUUUGAUAUUGUAUCAGACUAUUUCCCGAGACUCAUGGGAAGCACAUUUCUUUUGUUGUUGCAACCGACCGCCCCUCAGACUCGAAGGAAAUUUUUUUUCUCUUCAGAUCUCUUUAAAGAAAAAACAAAAACCUUCUUAAUGAGGAUACUUCAAAGAAGGGUUUGGUUGCCGACAUUGAUUACAUCCUAUUGGGACCACGAUAGACUCCAGGCUCAGCUUCGCUUCAGCUACAGCCCUUCUUUACAGCCUACAUUUAAUUCCCCAUCCCAGGACUGCUUGUUGUCUUUCUGUGUCUUCAUUAAGGGGCUGGGCAGCUUCUGAGUGUUAUUGUCUACCCACGAGUCCUAGGAGAAAGUGAGACUGUCCUCAAAUUGUUUGACAAACCACCAUCUCAUUUUGAGGGAGCAUUGAUGGCGAAUGAAUGUGUGCAUAGCAACUUGAGAGGCUUUCAAAGAAUAUAUAAAGUUAAGUGUUGUAACUGACCAAGACAUUACCUGGUUUUUAGCACUUGAGCUGUAUUACACUUCUUGUGUCACACGUUUGGCCCAUCAUUGUUCACUUUAUCUGGUAAUAUGUAGAGAAUCCGAGAGGUAGAAAUAUGAAUGAAAUCCCCAUCAUCUACUGAAAGGAUGAAGAUUUUGACCUGAUUUUGUGGGUCGGGGCUAGUCCUGGCUUUCUCUCCUGUUAACUACAUUUACCUGGAAUACAAGGUAUAAAGUGGUCAAAGAGAGAAUUUAUAUGGCUUAGAAGAAGAACUACCACAUCAUGAGUUCCAAAAAAUCUCGUUAUAACCCCAAACCAUGUACUUUUUAAAUUGCAAUGAAUCUUGGUAUUAGCUGAUUUUGCAGAUUGUUUUCUCCCCAUUUUUGGAAGGUGCUUUUCAAUCACAUCAGUUGCUGUUGUGUUUGGAAUCAAGCACAUGAAAACAUGUAUCCUUUGGCUUUAAAAAAAUUAACCAGGUGUUUUUUGAAUCAACAGCACACAGAUUAUGUUCAAUUAGAGAUUUCCAGAGUAUGGCACCAGAUGUAAUCAAAGUCCAACAACCUGAAUCACUUCAGGCGGUGUGAUAUGUGAAAACAUUUGACUCCUUCCUCUUGAAUAUCGUUAUGAAAAUGCUAGUUUGAUAGUUUCACAACCACACUAAAUUGGAUUUUAUGCAUGCAUUAUACCGUAUUAGAUUAGAAUUAGAAUUCAAACCAAAUAACCAUAAAUGCAUGAGCUUAGCAUGCUUAAAUUAUGUUAACCUUCAUGAGGACACCAUCUACAUACGCCUAGCAAGAAACAACCAGGGUUUAAUGGGCUCAGAAUGUUGAAGGUGUUUUACUCUUAUUUAGUUUAAUAUAGUUUUCACAUUCCACAUUCACAUGGAAUGCAGGAGGUAGUUUUGUAUCUGAGCUGUAGCACUGACAAAAAACAAGCUAAUACAAUAGCAAUCUGACAUCACUGACUUAACACAUUGCUGUACAUCCCAGUUUAAGUGUAGUUUCUUUUUAGCUAAUACUGUAGAAAUAGAUUCCUCCCUGCUAUUUUUAAAGCGUUGGCUAACAGUUGUCUAAUAACAGUUUAUACUGUGCCAAUUUUUACCAGAAAGUGUCUUCUUCUUCCUUUUCUUCAAUUACCUUGCGGCAUGUGCCAUUAUGAGGGAGGAACAAAAACAACCACUUAUAACAUCUGACAGCAACAUUCAGGCUGUGCAGAGAAUCACCCCCUUUAUUCUAAAUUACAGUCCUAAUCCACAGAACGUCAAGGCACCUGGUGAUUAGCCAUGCUACCACAGUACAGAGGAAAAAAGGAAAGAGAGGAAGGAAGCAUGAAAUGUACUUUGCAUCAUCCAAACAAAGGAUCUGUGUGGACUGACGUCAGGUUUUGUGGACUUCAGAAAAGGACACAAAAAUAGGUGGAAUUAAAGGGAACACAAUGUGCACACUGUAGAGAAAUUCAUAGUUUAUUGAAACGCAAAAGCAUAUGUAUUUCAUUUGGGCACUUUAUGAUUCUUAAUGUCUUUUUAUGUGUAAAUAUUGUUAGUGUCUUCUGGAGUGAGCCAGAGUUAACUUAUAAUGGCUUAGGUUGUUAAUGUCAAAGCUCUGAAGGAGGGAAGUGAUAUCCUUGUUAGUUACUGUAAGAUUGUAGCAUUAGCUGGUAGCAUUCGCAUGACUAAUUUAAACUUCUAAUUAACAAACAACUUGAUAAGACUAAGCAUGAAUUAUAUGCUACAAAGCAGGAAGAGUAGUGGAAUACAGUACAUCGGGUUAAGACCCAACGAUAGUGGGGGUCAAAAUAUGUAGCAAACGUAUUUAGAUAAUUAUGAAGGUGACUAAUUGUUUUUUUUUCUAAAUUAAUAAAACAUGCUAAUAAGAAGAUUUUAAGCCAGUUUAUUUAAUUAAUUUAUUUAUUGUUCUUUUUUUUUACUUUAAAUGAAAAUUUCAGAACCAAAUUUUUAUUACAUCUGCUAUUUAUUUAAACAAGUCACCCAAUUUGGAGCAAUUUUACUCUAAAAAGGGGCCUCUAAAAAUUUUUUGCCAGUAGCAGUGUUGCAGGGAUAUUAAUGCUGUAUUUAGUUCCAAACAGUUUAACAAAAAUUCUGUAAAGCAAUAAUCAGAAAGCAUCCACUCACUGUAUUUGUCUGUUACUUGACAGGAAAAUGACAUAGUAAGUAAGUAGUGAUUUUCGCUGUGGUAAGAUUUAUCAUUGAAAACAAAACAAUUGAAAUCAUCAUGAGGCAUAAAGGGACUUUUUUUUUUUUAAAUGCGCAAUUCCAAACUUUUACUUUGAAAAAAAUGUCUUAAUGUGUUCAUUUGUCGCAUGUGCAGACAAAUGACACUGAAUGCAGAAACUGAAAAUCACUUCCAGAAAAAUGUCAUUUUAUGUCUUUUUCAAUGUUUUUUCAACAAAACUGUCAUGUAGUGUCUUAUAUCUGUAAAAAGUGUUAGAACUUUUGUAUGUACCAUACAUACAAAUAUACAAAUAUAUAAAAUUAAUAUACAAUUAGAUAUUAAAUAAUGAACUCUCCUUACUUUCACUGAAGGAAUGUGUUUGUAUUAGUGCUUUUUGUGCCAAAACAGAGAUUAGAUUAGAUAUUUGAUGGGUAAUGGGUUGUUUUCCCAGUUUUGAUUCAAUGAAAGCGAGUUUUACAAAACUGGGAUUCAGUCGUUCACCAAGUCAUAAGCAGGAUACAUGCAUCCAAAUGAUCUAGAUUUAUCUAACAACAGCCAGGAGUGAUGUAAAAAAACAUCACUGAAGUUUCCCACCUCUCUAUCUCUAACCUGCAGCAGCUUCCUGUGCAACAUAAGGGAACAGAUGUUUAUAAAGCAUUUAUCAAAGAGACAAUUGUUAACUGUACCAUAUAAAACUUUAAACAAGUUUCCCAACAUUUCCCCUCUCCAGUGGAGAAACAUGACAGCGCUAAUGUGGGAUGCAUGCAGGAAAUGAUGGGGUUUUUAUGAUGGCUACAGAUGCAGUCAUUUGUGUGAAUUUGGGGUAUGAUUUAUUAUUCAAAUAAUAGUAAUAAUAAUAAUAAUAAUAAUAAUUCUGUAAGUGUCUGAGAGAGACAGUUUAUAUGCGACCCUUCUUACCAGGAUUAAGAGUAACUGUUUGUUAAUAAUCAUUGUGUAAAUUUUCUCAUGCAAUGCUUUGUGUUCAUCACUUUGAGUUAGUCUGUGACACUGUGUAACUUUGAAGGCAAAUGACUGACCUGAUGAAGUCUGUAAAUGUUAUUGUUGACAUGUUCAGGACCAAAAAUGUAUGUUUUUGCAUUCCUCCAUAUUUUGAUUGUGUCUGCCACUUAGAUGUUGAUUGUGUACUUCUAUCAAUUGUAAUGUAAGUAGAGGCCUUAAAUACACAAUACACAUUUUUGCCAGUGCUAAGGAAUGAGAAUUGGCACACUAAGUAAUCAACGCAGCGCAAAAAAAGAGAGAAAAAAAACAUUUCAAUCCAUUAUUUAAAACAACUUUAGUGUCAUCUAUGGAAAUAGAAAUCUUUGCAUAUGUUCUUAAUGAAUUUCUGAUAUACUGAGAUUUCAGCUGACUAUAUGUGUACUCCCCAGGGUUCUUGGCAAGGACUUAAAUGAACAGAUUGAGCAAAAAACUAAUAAUAAUAAAACAAUAAAAACAUAUUUUACAGGAUAGAUUCAAACAUUUUGACCCAUUUCUUAUCAUGAUGUCUACCCAUUGUUUUGUUUAAACAAAACAAAAAACCCCACUAAUCCUGUCUUGCCGAGGUCCUUUUACAUUGUUAAGGUUGUAAUUCUGCAAAACCAGACCUUUCUUUUUAUAUGUUAGCGGUAUUAAUUGUAUACAUGGUACCAUUUGGGACCAAUGCCCAGGAAAUAAAGAAAACUGUAGGGGAACAAUUUUGUUACACGUAUUAAGCUGCUUGUGUGUUUUUGCUCAUAUUUUUUAGGGUGUAAUUUUUACACACCUGCUCCUUUGGCUGCUGCUGGCUUUUGCACAUUAUAAACUGCCAUUCACCUGGUUAUAGCAAACAGCAGUAUAUUAAGAUGAGUCAUGUGCUCCUUUGGUCUUUAUUUAUAUUAACUUUAAAAAUAAAUCAAUCAAGAGCAGAUAUGUUGAGACAGUUGAAAACAAAUUCUUAAAAAAAUUCACAUUCUUUAAAAUAAAAUUAAAUUAAAAAAAAAGUCAAAUAUGAAUAUUAUGCUUCCUCGCAGGCCAGAUUCUCUGCUGCUAAGCAGCUGAUAAGAUUAAUGAUGAUAUAAUGUACAAGCACAGCUUGUGGCACUGAAUUUUAAGUACAUUCAAUAAUACAACAAUUCAUUUGGGGAUAUUUUGGACUGUCAGAAAAAUGUAUACUUUCUAAAGACUCAGCACAGAAUGCUGGUCUGGUGUGGUUAAGUGUGCUGUGUCAGCGAUAAAUGACCACUAUGCCAAAAGUCUUUCAGGCCAACACCAAGUUGUUGUGAUAAAAAAUAUAUGCCUACGGUUUAUGACCUCAGGGGAAUCCUCCAAAAUUUUGAGGUGUACAAAACACCCUGAAUAAUGACUAAUAUCGCUUACUUAAAUUGUAAAUUAAAAUAGGCCAAAAGAUAAUUAAUGCUUUGCCCCAUUUGGACAAAGAUUAUGUAGUUUUCGUGUUUAAAUGUCAGCAAAUAGCUUCAAUAUGUGUAAACUGGACAACUACUUUUUCAUGUAGUAGUCAAUAAAACACUGAGCUAACCUUGGUGUACAAUGGGUUAAGUCUGUGUCUGUUUUUGCAGAUCAACCUAAAAGUGAAACUGGGAAGAUUUACCUUUGAAGAAGAAGAAGAAAAACAAAAAAACUUCUGUUAUCUGCUAAAAUCAGCCAUAUCUUUCUCCUCUGAAGUACAUGAGAUUUUACUCAUUAGAAAGAAAGCAAGCACUCCUUGAGUCAUUUUCUUUAGAGUGACAGUGUGUAUGUUUCUCGACAUAUCAAAUUAUGUUCUCUCACAGGGAAGAGGUGGAUGAGUGGGUGGAUGAAAGGGAAGAUGCUGCUCCUCUGUGGCUGUUAUGAAACAGUGGCUGGUGGAUCCCAAAAGCAGCACAUCUCCUCCAGUCUGCUGUGCUGCAGAGACAGCGAUCCACAAGCUUUAUUUUUUUCCUUCUUAGAGCCCCCAACCGCCUCACAGCCCAAAACUAGCCCUCAUAAAUGUUUUCCCUCACACACCAUCUGGUAGAUUAUCGCGUUCAAAGCAUUUCAUAUUACCACGACUUUAUACAUUACACGGUUGGGUGAACCAAGUGAGAAUCAAAGUGCCAUGAGAAAUCAUAACUUCAAUUUUUUUUUAUUUUGGUUUUGUUUUGCUUUUCUUGUUCUGUUUUGUUGUAGCCAUUUUUAUUUUAGCACUGUUUGGUGUAGAUUUAACUCUCAUCUUUCUAGAAUAUAUCUCAGUCAUUCAGUUCUACGCAAGUCUUAACUCACUGUUUUGCAAACAUGGUUGUUUUAUUUCCUCAGUGAUACAAAGCCAUCAUAUUAAAAAAUUCACAGCCUUAAAUUCUAUUCUUUAAAUCAUGUGGUGAUGUCUUCUAAAGGCAUAUGAGAAUUGUCCAAACCAUACAUAUUCCCAAGACCCCUAACAUAAUAAGGGAAGGCGAUGUUUUGGUUUUAAGAUGCGUCGUAUAAGACAGUUUUACAGGCCUUCUUAUGUUUUCAGGGACAUGUAAUAUGGGCAACUUCUGGAAGCAAUGUUACUGGAAAAGUUUUCCUUAGUGAUGAGCAUUUAUCCAGGGAAAAAUCGUUUUUGUCAGCUACACUUUCAUUAGAUAAAUAAACCUAUCCUUUUACUUUCUUCAUUGUCUUUAUUGUUGCACUUUUUGCUACUAGAACAUUAACAGCAGUAACAGUAAGGUAUUUUACCAGGUAUCUGUUUAAACGCCAUAUUUUAAGAAUUGCCAAUCCUUUUAAAUAUUUGAAAUACUGAUUUGUAGGUAUAUUGCAUUUUAUUUUUUAGAUUUACUUUAUUCCAGUAGAAUAGCAUUAACAAUCAUUAGCAUUAAAGUACAAAAAAGCUGCAAAAGUCCAUCUGCAUUGCUCUCCAUUUGUUGCUCAUGUUUUACUGACUUGAAGUCCUGAAUGUUAUCAGAAGAGUGACAAAAUGUUGUAACUUUAGUUUUAGUCACUGCACUGUCAUUUAAAACACAUAUAUUUGCAGAUUCUUUGGGAAACUGUUAUAUUGUUGAGUAAAUGCACAAUUUGGUGUAUUGUUAUUCUAUUCCAGCUGUCAAUAAAAUAGUUUAACUCCAUCA